AUGAAAGAAAAUUAGAAAUCAGACAUCGCUCCUUAGGAUAAGCAAUGGGAAUGGAUACCAUGUCAAUACGAUGUGAAACGCAUCUCAAAGGAUACCGAAACAACGUGGAACUUGAGUCCAUCUGUGCAAUUGAAAAUACCGUCGGAGUAGGGGUAGAUAGACCCUGUAAUUGAUCUCAAAAUAGAGCAGAGCAGGAAUUUCAUUUACACAAACAAAAAUGGCUUGGGCUGGAAUUGGCAUAAGAGUUGGAAUCUACCAGAUAUUGGCGUCGAAUUGGAGGUAUGCGCAUUAUGUUUUAAACAUCCUUAGAUAACAGAUCCCACCACUGACGAGAAGCUUGCUCCACCAGGCAAGAUCUAUGCCAAAAUUCAAAUUGUAAAACCAACAGUAAGUCCAAUGAAAACUUUUCAUCUGCUGGAAGUGGGUGUGAAGGGUAAUUAGAAGAUGGAUUUGGAAAAUAAUAAAUGCAUAUUCUCUGGUCUCAAAUUUAACACUACUUCCUACAAUCAUGAUCAUUAAAAAUUUCACAUAAUCAUAACACUUUAUCUUUGUUAAAGUAAGUUUGAAUUCCCCCAAAUACUGAUAUCCCGCAUAUCUCCCCCUAUUUUUGUGGAUUCCCGAAAGUCAGCCAGAGAUAUUGAGCAACAAAAUAAGCAGAAAUUGCAAUCCUACUUUGAUCCCUUCCCCAUUACCACUCUUGAAAAGCAAUUCACAACCACCAAACCCUAGAAUACCGAAGUUAUCACCAACACUAUCGAGGGAUUGAAUAAUUAUUUCUCAGCUCCCAAUAUCAGACACAAAGUUAAGCAUCCUGUAUUUCUAUGCAUCAAAUUCAGUUCUUGCAUUAAAUUGUAUCUUAAUACAAAUGUAUUUAAAUUCUAAGACUCUAAAUCUUUAGUUUUGACCAUACAACAAGUAUUAUACAAAAGCACUAAUAACAAUGUCAAUAACAAACUCGAUUAAAAAUAUAUCAUAUUAUGUGUGGACAGCAGCAAUACUAUUAGUAAAUUUCAAUAACAUCUAAAAAAACUGUAAGAGUUCCUUGAACCUUUCAAUAACGACGACAUUGAAGUUGUUAUCGACCCAAUUGAACUGCCUAAGAAUUUCACUUAAAUCACAGAUUUAGCAGACAUUAAAUAAGCAUACAUAGAUGUCUAUGAUAAACUAUUGCAAUUGAAGAAGAACGAACAAUAGCAAGAUGACAAUUAGGAAUAUGAAGAAUAACCAAGAAAGAAAAAGAAGCCCAAAGAACAAGAAGUAGUUUAAAACAACCAAGAGAAAAUCAUAAGAAAAGUCAUUCAAAUUCAGGGUCCCAACAUUUCAUAACAAAGGUCACAUCACACCCAUGUCAUCUAAAGUGCUGAAAUGCUUAUAGAAUAACAGCACUAAUAUCUUGAUAAAGAACACGUUAAGGAGGAACACAUAGUUUAAGAGGAAAAACCCCAUUAAUUUGGACUACCAGAUAUAUUUCAAUAAACAGCUAUAAAUAUAAAUAAAAUUCUAUUAUUAAGAGCCUUGUUACCUCAGUAAUAACCACCAUAAUGACAUCAUAUUUCUAAAUUCAUAUUCAAAAAACAAAA